UGAUAUUAAAAAACUAAUUCAAAAACAGUUAAAAACCAAUACUUUGUGAACACCUGUUGUUAUCGAAGAGACCGGCAAAUUAAUUGUACCAUGGGCUUUUUGGUAAACACCCUGAGCAUAUUUGUGGUUGCAUUGGCUAUAGUAUUCACGGUAUACGUCAACUAUCCGGAGCCACCACUCAGUCCACUAUUAUAUCAAUGGCAGUCCAGUGGCCAACACAUGGACUUCAAGGGCUACCGAGUCUUUUACAAAGAUGAAGUGACCGCCGGAGCCAAUGACAUAACAGUGCUGUUACUGCACGGCUUUCCCACAUCUAGUUUUGAUUGGUAUAAGAUAUUACCCGACCUCAGGAGGAAUGUCCGCCGUGUGAUCGCACCCGACUUAUUGGGCUUCGGUUUGAGCGAUAAACCGCGGUUCCACACGUAUUCAAUGUACGAACAGUCGGACAUAAUAGAGGCGCUGCUGAAGAAGAUAAACGCACCGAAAGUACACAUUUUGGCUCACGAUUACAGCGUUACCGUAGCCCAGGAACUGAUGGCCAGACAAAUUGGUGGUAAAUUGAGUUUCGGUUCCAUCGAAACGGUGUGUCUAUUAAACGGCGGUGUUUUCCCCUCACUUCACAGACCACGGCUUAUGCAAAAUGUGCUCCGGAUGCCAAUCUUGGGUACAGUGGUGUCCAAACUGACCAAUUACUAUGUGUUCAAGUGGUCGCUGAGCGAAGUGUUUGGCGCCAAUAGUCAACCAUCGCGUGACGACUAUCACGACAUGUGGAAACUGAUCCGCCAGAAGGACGGCUACCGAGUGAUGGGCGACCUCUUGGCCUACAUUGACGAGCGGCACAAGAAUGAGGACCGAUGGGUGGGCGCCGUACGCACCAAUCGGAUACCGUUGCACAUGAUAUACGGGCCGUCGGAUCCGGUGAAUCCGCCGCCGUUUGCCACCACUUAUCGCCAGAUCAUACCCGACGCCAGUCUGGAUGAGUUGGCCCAAGGGAUUGGUCACUACCCGCAACUCGAAGACCCGAAACGGGUGAUCGAGUUGUACUUGAAUUGGUUGAAGCGCCGGCAGGCCAUCACACAAGUGGUGUUCAAUACGUGAUUGUCUGACCACUAAGACCUCGUACUGUAUAUGUCUGUUA